AUUAUUCUAAACCUUUAAUGAAAUUCGAGUUAGAAAAAAACGAUGGGACCAUGGUCAACCCCACCUGACCCCAAAUCGUUUUGCCUCCAUUUCUCGUCAAUUACAUUACCCGCCUUUACGAAGUCAGAAACACUGAAGCCGUUACUAUAUAAACCCAAUUCGAAACCACAAUGCUCAUUUCCACUGUUUCCUUUUCAACCUCUCAGAACUUUCUCGUUCAUUUUCGUUUGAAGCAAACGGUGAAUUUUCUCGCAUCUCUUUUCUCAUCGCAACCGCAUCAAAACCCUAUCUCCGUCGAUCAUCACUCUCAUUCGCUUGCUGAAAUCGCAAAUCGCUUCCAUCUCCUCAAAAUCUAGAUCAUACGCUUUAUCCUACCUGAUGUGUGAACCAGGAAAAUUUUCAACCUCAAGGAAUGGCUGAACAAAAGAAGGAAUCCCUGCCUAAAGAUUCUAAGGAGAAAAAGUCAUUGCUAGAUGAUGAUUUUGGGAAGGAGUUUCUUGGCUCCUGGAAAUCCAUGUCAAUGGCAGAUGAUGAUGCCAUGGAUUUUAGCUUUGACACAGUUUCUAAAAGCAAGAAAAAGACAUUCAACUUUGACAAAAUGGAUAUGAAUUUCGACCUGGAUACUGAUUUUGGCAAAAUGUCAUCAUUUAAAGUGGACAUGUCAGACCUUGAUUUUACAUGCUCGCCCAAAAAGUCUUCCCAGUCUACGGACAAAAAGGGAGAAGCUUCUAGUGCAAAAGCAGGGAAGAAAGAUGGGUUCAAUUUCAACUUUGACUUUAACGAGUUGGAUAGCUUCAAUCUUGAUUCAAACUUAUUAAAAGUAGAUGCUAGUAAUGAUGACAGUAACCUGAAAAAGAAAGGAAUUACUACAGAGGGAAAUAAUGACAGUGAAGGUGCUAAAAAGCCUAAAAUCAAUGACGGGGAUGAUGACAAAAGUGUUCGUGCAUAUAAUGAUAAUAUGACUAUGAAACCUCAAGCAUCAGAGAGGCUGGAAACUUUGAACACUGAUACCUCAGUUGGUAACCCAGGGAAUCUAGUUUCCAGACAGGAUGUUGCUGUUUCAAAAUUUUCUUCCUCUGAGAACCUUGACAUGGCCAUUAAGAAUCAGACUUCUGAUAUAAGUAAAAUAACAAGUAUGAAAGAAAUAGACCAAGAAAAAGACUUAUCUGAGGAGACAAAGUCAACAGAAUCGAAAUCUGAGCAGGUUAUCAACAAGGUAUCUUCCCAGUCUGUAGGUCAAAGUGAUUUAGAGCAUGACACUAUCUCAGAACAGCAUGCAGAGGUUUCUUUAUCUGGAACAAGAGUGAGCAAUGCUGCAUCUGAUAAAAAAGAGGUUAAUGAUAAGGCAGCAUUUGUAGAUUCAGAUGUUGUAGACGUACAGUUAGAACAUUCAUCCCCACCUCUUACCACUGAAUCAGAUGGCAUUGUUAGAGAAGCAGUUAAUGUAGGUAGCAGUGCUGAAGAAAAUUUUAAUGAUCCUCAACCAGAAAAGAGUGAUUCAAGUUAUGAAAGUAUUACCAAAAUUGAUGCCUCGAAGAGGAAUUCAAGCAACAAUAUCAUAAGUGAAAAUAAAAGAACAGCUUUGGAGUGUCAUUUGGCUACAGCAAGCAGUAACCCCAUAGUUGAUAAAACCACAUGGAUGAAAGAUACAGAGCUCCAAGUUAAGAAGUCAAAUAUAUUCACUAUACCAGAGAACAAAAUGUCUUUAAAGAAUAAUUCAUCAACAGCUGGGACAAAGAGUGUCUCUUUUGACUCUGAAAAAAAUUCUAACAUACACCAGAGAUCCAUAACCCAAGAAAGGAACAACAUCAAAUCAAAUGAGACAAAAUUUGGAAGCAAAAUGGUAAGCAGUUCACUCCCAGGUUCUAGCAAAGUAACGAAGGAUGCACCAGCGUUGCUUGGCAGAAAAGAUGAUCUUAAAAGUUGUAAUACCAGGGAGGGAAUUGUUUUAGAUGUUACACCAAGUGCAGGCAAGUCAUUUCACGAAGAUGUAAAUAGAAGGAAGGCCAUGUUUCCUGAAACUGGCAUGUCAGCAAAAAAUGUUAAUAUUUUGAGUUCUCAAGUCAAUCCUUGCAGCUUAACAGAGAAGACAGCUAAAAUUACUACCCAGAUAUCUGUAAAUUCUCAACCUGAAGCUUCUGGCAAAGAGUCCUUUCAGAAAUCAAAGAUCACUUCCAUAGAAGGAAAUAAACUUUCUUCUUUUAAAUCUUGCAAGAUCACACCUGCUUUUUCUAGCUUAAAGACUUCAAGGAACAUUGGGGCUAACUCAGUUUUAGCAACGUCUUUACACCAAAAAGAGGCAAAAUCAUUGGCAAGUUCUGAACAAAGGAAAGAGAUACAGACUAUUGCAGUAUCUAAGAGUGAUCAUCUGACUGGCGGUGGUGACAAUCAAAGGCCUUCAGCCACGUUCUUGAAGAGGAAGAAUAUUGAGGUUUCUGAAGCAGAUUUAACAUCCUUGAGGCCCCUAAAGCGCCUAUCUCAAUCUCCAAUUGGAAGCAGAAAUGCUGAACCUAAAGAAUCUUCAGAAAAAGUUGAACAGGUAGAGAGAAAGUCCAGCGACUUCGCGUAUCAUUCAACGUCUGGACUUGAAAGUCCAUCAGAGAUUAAAGUAACAGAAGUGGAAAUACCUGAUUCUGUACUCAUGGAAGAUAACAGUAAUGUUGAAAAGGCUGAAGCAUAUAUGAAAGAACUUGAAAAUAUCUGUAACAUGCUGAAAAAAAGGCAUGAGGAAGCAAAAGAGUUAUUAGUGAGAGCCGUUGUCAAUGACAAUAACUUGCUGAUGCUUAAUCAUCCCAUCUAUGAAGAGAAAAUCCGGAAGGUUCAGAAAUUUGCUUCUCAAAUGAUGUCUAAGGAGAUUCAAGCUUGAACUGCAAUAAAUCGUUACAUUCAAAGCAAGGCCUUCUGCUGUCUACGUUCCUUGCUUAGCUAAACAACACUGCGUCAACCAUCCUUUAAAAAACAGCUGCUUCUUCUAGUCACACUAAGUCCUCUUUUUCUUUCUAAUGUCUUUGUUCCUCAGUCAUAUUAUAAACUAGAUGCUGACCACAAGACAUGGAUUAUUAGACGAAAAUAAUUCCGUCAGAGGAUACUUGAAAAUAUAUUUUAGUCAUUUUGAAAGCAUUUUGUAUGCUUGAAUAUUAGUAUUUCAUGCUAUCUUUUGUAAAGCGAGUGGAAAAUGAAACCUAAUUUUUCUUGUAGCAAAAUUUAAUAUAAUCAACUGUAGCGUGAGAGUAAGGAAUACACGCUUAUGGCCACUAAAGCCAAUCAAA